ACACCAUUCACACUUCGAAGUGGGUCGAGUGACUCCAGCCGACGUUCCUCUGCAUGCUAUCCUUGGUCUAGGACUUUCUGUUUCCUCUCUUUCGCCUCUUGUACAUCUGAGUCAACCGAAGACAAGAAAGGGACUAAGUCAACCAUGGCCACCGACUCCAUACCGUCCAAGGAUAGCCAAACGCAGGAAGAGGUUCCUGCUGCAGUUCCGUGGGACGAGCAGGAGGAGAAGAGGUUGGUGAGAAAGAUCGAUGCUCGGUGCUUGCCGGCCCUCGUCAUCUUGUUCAUUCUCAACUUCAUCGUCCGAGGCAACCUCUCCAAUGCACGUCUCAAGGGCCUCCAAACCGACCUCUCCCUCACCGAUACCCAAUAUGCGUCCGCAUUGUCCAUUCUCUUCGCGGGAUACAUCACCAUGCAAGUUCCUUCUAAUCUGAUCAUGCACGCUAUUCCAAAGCCGAGGUUAUUCAUGUCUGGCGUCGUGGUCAUCUGGGGCAUGAUCUCCGCAUUGACCUCUCAAUGCCACACCUUCUCGUCCAUCGCCGUAUGUCGCUUUUUCCUCGGGUUCGUCGAGGCCGCGUUCUAUCCUGCGUCGGUGUAUUACUUGUCGAGAUGGUACACAAGGAAGGAGGUUGGGUUCAGGAUCGCUUGUCUCAACGCAGGGAAUAUGCUUGCACAAGGCCUCGGUGGUCUACUCGCAGCCGGUAUCCUGAGCGGAUUGGAAGGCGCUCGCGGUAUUCGUGGGUGGAGAUGGUUGUUCAUUAUCGAAGGGUCGAUUACGGUCGCGUUUGGGCUGAUGUUGCCGUUUGUGCUGGCUGACUAUCCAACAACUACAACCUGGCUCACUCCCCGCGAACGCGAGAUCGCAGAAGGCCGUCUAGUCCAUGAUGUCGGUCUGGUCGACGAUCCACAAGUCACCGAUUUCCAGGAUGGAAAAACGAAGGGUAUAUUCCACGACGUCAAGAUCGCCGCGGGUGAUGUCAAAGUAUGGGCUCUGGCGUUCAUGUACUUCACCUAUAUUAUGGGCCUCUCCUUCGGACAGUACCUCCCGACUAUCACGGCUACCCUCGGUUUCAGUACCACUAUUACACUCCUCAUGACCUUCCCACCCUGGGCCUUCGCCACCAUCUACGCUCUCUUGAACUCAUGGCACUCGGAUCGAACGGGAGAGAAGUUCUGGCAUAUUGCGACCAGCUAUGGGUUUGCGUUGUUGGGGUAUAUCGUGGCCCUGAGUGCGAAGACGGUGGCGGGGAAGUACAUCUCCUUGUUUGGGAUGUGUAUGGGCUUUAGCGGUGGUAUUAUCCUACUUGGCUGGAUAAGCUCGUCGAUUCCUCGUCCACCGGGCAAGCGAGCCGCGGCUAUCGCUCUGGUGAACGGUUUCGCCAACAUCGGACAGAUCCCGACAUCUUAUCUUUGGCCGACCACCUGGAGCCCGAAGUACUGGCAGUCGUUCGUCACGGAGAUCUGUUUGAUGGUGCUCAGUCUCGCUAUUGGACUCGGUUAUCGACAAUGUCUCAUCCACCUGAACGGCAAGCUCCAACGGGGAGAGAUCGAGCCUUUCGAGACAAACGAGAAGGCGGUGGAGAGGAGUGCGGAUUUGGUCCACGCGUCCGUCGUGGAAGAGAAAAAGAUGGUCCACUCGUUCCAGUAUCUUUACUAGCCAGUAGCAUAGAGCCAUUUCGGCUGGCUACACCGAUCUAUCGAGCCUUCGCUAUCCUAUGGUUAUUGCUGUUUAAUAUUCCUCUCUAUUUUCCAGUGAAGACGGGUCUUUGGGUCUUCUGGUGCACGUGUAGCGAUGCGAUUCUGGCUCUUAUUUAUGAUCCCAUGUUCUUAGUUGCGCUCAUCGUCAUUCUUAACACUGUUGGCUACGCCAUCGUCCAUCCCUCCACUCAUCGCAUGCACGUGUCCUCAUAUCAUCGGUAUUCGAAUCUACUGGGGAUCGCUCUGAGCACGGGGAGUAGCAGGUCCUACUCCAUAGGAUCUCCCACUCAUAUGGACACCGACCUGUCCGUAUCUGUUUCUCCUGAUUCUAGUACUACCCUGGAUCUUCGACGCAUCACCUCUUGGGCUUUUAUAGCGCUGUUCGUUUCCUUGAUCAACUUGUUGCUGUUGGCACCGACUGCUUCUUGAGAGAACACCACACACCGUUCUUCCAAUGAUAGUUGGUCACGUCCGAAACACCCUACCCACUGAUGCCGAUGUCGUCUUCAGAGAACGUGGACACAUUAUCGC